AUGCCAGCUGAAUGUGUGAAGGUUAUAGUUAGAGUCAGACCAUUUAAUUAGAAAGAAAGAGACAAUGGUAGUAAACCAUGUGUAAAUGCAAAUGAAAGUACAAAUUCUGUAGAACUCUUUAGAGUAUUAAUGCAAAAUUUAUUGUAUUACUAGAAUUAAGAUAAUGAUCAAAAACAAUUUACCUAUGAUUAUGUAUUUGGACCAGAUACACCUUAACUUUAAAUAUAUUAAUAAACUGCAUUUAAUUUGGUAGAAUCUGUGGCUGAAGGAUAUAACGGAACCAUCUUUGCCUAUGGUUAAACUGGUAUACUAUAUGAAUUAUCCUAUAGGUUGUGGUAAGACAUUCACAAUGAUUGGAGAUCCAUAAAAUGUAUAUUCAAUCACAUAAAUCUUAGGAUAACAUGAAAGGUAUUAUACCAAGAACAUUUGAAUAGAUAAUCAAUAUUAUCAAUAAUAAUUCUGAUUCAAAUAAGAAAUUUUUAUUGAGAUGUUCAUAUAUUGAAAUUUACAAUGAAGAAAUACAUGAUUUAUUAAGUAAAGAUGUUAAAUAAAGAUAUGAAUUAAAAGAAGGAUAAUAAGGAAUAUUUGUUAAGGAUUUGAAUAUUCCAAUUGUGAAAACAUUGUAAGAGAUGGACAAAUAUAUGGUAUUAGGAGCAUAGAAUAGAUCAGUUGGAGCUACAGCAAUGAAUAAGGAAUCAAGUAGAAGUCAUUGUAUUUUUACAGUUUAUAUUGAAUGUUCAAUGAAUGAUGAAAAAGGAAAUGAACGUAUUACUGCUGGAAAAUUGAACUUAGUAGAUUUAGCAGGGAGUGAAAGAUAAUCUAAAACUUAAGCUACAGGAGAUAGAUUAAAAGAAGCAACUAAAAUUAAUUUAUCAUUAUCUGCAUUAGGAAAUGUGAUUUCAGCUUUAGUUGAUGGUAAAACAUAACAUAUACCAUACAGGGAUUCUAAAUUAACUAGAUUAUUAUAGGAUUCAUUAGGUGGUAAUACUAAGACUAUAAUGAUUACUGCCAUUUCUCCAUCUGAUUUUAAUUAUGAAGAGACAUUGUCAAGUUUAAGAUAUGCUUCUAGAGCAAAAAUGAUUAAGAAUCAACCCAAAGUAAAUGAAGAUCCCAAAGAUGCUUUAUUAAAGGAAUAAGCUGAAGAAAUUAAAAAACUAAGAGAAUUAUUAAUGAAAUAAAAUUAAGACAAUGGAGAUCGUUAGAAUGUUGAUAAUAAUGGAAAAUUAAAUAAUAUUAAUAAUAAUAAUCAUCAUGAAUAAAUAAAUUAAUUCAAAGAGAUUAAUAAUUAAUUAUUAUAGGAGAAAUAAAGAUAUGAAAAUGAAAUGAAAUAAAAAAGUGAAUAAGCUGAAUAAGAGAGAUUAGCAAGAUAGAGAUUAGAAGAAUUAUUAAAAGAGAAGGAAUAAAUGAUGAUCAAAGGUGGUAAAGGAACAGAUGAUGAUAAAAAUAAAUAUAAGAAAAUGUAAUAAGCUAUAGAAUAAUAAAAAAAGGAACAUGAAUAAUUGAUAAUUCAAUAAGAAUAAAAAGAAAAGGAAAUGCUUGAAAUUGAAAAUAAAUAUAAUAAUGUUUAAGAUGAAGUUGAAAAAUUAAGAAAAUAGGUUAAAUAUUUAAAAAAUAAAUAUGAACAGUAAUAAAAAGAAUAAGAUGAAAUGAAAUAAGAUUUUGAAUAUGAUAAAGAAGAGUUUUUAGAUACUAUUAGAUCAUAAUCAAAAGAAAUUAAAUUGGUUACUGGAAUUUUGAGAAUGAUUCUAUUACAAGAAGAUAUUGAAAAAAUUACUAAUUGUUGUGAAUGGAAUGAUGAUUUAGAAGAAUAUAAAAUACCUCCAUUUAAUAUUAAAGCUAAGAAAGUCAACUUUCCUAAUCUGCCUUAUUAAAAAGCUAUGGAUUUAAUUGAUGUAGAAAAAUAAGAUAGACAUGUUGAAAUACAUCAUAGGCCAUUACCAUCAAGUUAUAGAGAUGUAGAAAAUAAUAGAAAUUAAUCACCUGGUAGAUAGAGGAAAGGUAUAAAUAUGUAAUCAAAGUAGGAGAAUCAUAACCAAGAAUGAAUGGUAACACAGAUAAUAAGGGAUUAAGCAUUGUAGAGAAAACUAAAUUAAAUUAAUAACUUUUAGAAAUUUAUGAAGGAAAAACAAAUAAAAAUUAAAAAGAUGAAUUGCAAUAAUAAUAAUAGUUAUAAAAAAGAGUCAAUUAAAAGAUUAUUCUAAAUCCUAUUGAUAACAGAGGCAAUCCAGUUCCUAAUCUUAAUAAUUAAUGUGAAGCAAUAAUUAUUAAUAAUAAUUAAAACAAUAAUUAAAAUACUUCUCAAAUUACUCCUCCUUUAGUUAAAAAAAGUAAUAAUAUAAAUUUAAUAUUUUAGUUUCAAAUUUAAAUCCUUUAGAUUAAAAACCUCCCACAGGUAGAUUGGCUUAACAACAAAAAAUUUAAUAAUAAUACUGA